CCGGCUCCAUGUCCUGGGGGGGUUUCACACCGGUUGGUCCGCUAGGCGUGUCUGAAGUGGCCGGGGCAGAUUCCAUAUCUCGGAUUGUUCACUCCGAGAUGCCCGACUUCCAUUGGUCGUUCGAUCCAGGUCUCCGCUCAUUGGUAGAGUGGAGCAGCGAGGAGAGGAGAAAUUGGAGCGGAGCCUGACGGGGUGAGUCUGAGUGGCGACGAUGGGAGGCAAGGAGGACGAGUAUGACUACCUGUUUAAGGUGGUGCUGAUCGGCGAUUCCGGGGUAGGGAAGAGCAACCUACUGUCCCGCUUCACCCGCAAUGAGUUCAGCCUGGAGACCAAGAGCACCAUCGGCGUGGAGUUCGCCACCCGCAGUGUCCGGCUCCAAAACCGGACCAUCAAGGCUCAGAUCUGGGACACAGCAGGGCAGGAGCGGUAUCGAGCCAUCACCUCAGCAUAUUACCGGGGGGCAGUGGGGGCACUCCUGGUGUACGAUAUUGCAAAGCACCUGACGUACGAGAACAUGGAGCGGUGGCUGUGGGAGCUGCGAGACCACGCUGACCCCAGCAUUGUGGUCAUGUUGGUCGGCAACAAGAGUGACCUGAGGCACAUGCGGGCGGUGCCCACUGAGGAGGCCAGGACAUUCGCAGAGAAGAGCCGCGUGUUGUUCAUUGAGACCUCGGCCCUGGAUUCCACCAAUGUGGAGAUAGCCUUCCACACCCUUCUCAACGAAAUCUACCGGAUUGUGUCUCAGCGCCAGUUCUCCGCGGACCCAGAAGAAUGGAAGUUGGGUCCCAGCCGGGACAUCGUGGCCAUCUCCCCACCCCCUGUGGACAAGAGUCGCAGAGUCCAGUGCUGCCAGGACAUAUAGAUCCAUGCCCUCUGCCAAUCGCUCUGUUCCCUCCCUGCCUGUUCACCCCCACCUGUCUGCACUGUGGGACCACUGGGCCUAGGGAAGGAUAUAUGAUUCCAGUCGAAGAACAGGAUGGGGUGGGGGUUACCAUGGAAACUGGCCAUCUUUAACCCAGGUCAUGGCAGGAGGACCCACUGAGACCACAGGUUUACUUCCCAUCAUCUACCAUUUUGCCACCCCCUGCCCCACCCACCC